AUGCUUCUUACCAACGCUGUCUCCCCAUGGACCCUGCUCCUUCUCCCGAUCCUCUAUUAUCUUCUGCCAUACCUUCGGAACUGGAGUCUGCGUAAGGUGCCGGGCCCCUUACCUGCAGCGCUCUCCAAUCUCUGGCUUCUAUAUCAGUGUCGUCGAGGGCGAAGGUACCGUGCGGUCGACGAGGCACACAAGCAGUACGGCAAGGUUGUCCGCAUCCAGCCAAACCAUGUCUCGAUCGCGGAUGAUCAGUAUAUCAGCACCAUCUAUGGACAUGGCAAUGGAUUUUUAAAGAGUGAGUAUUAUGAUGCUUUCGUGUCCAUCCGUCGAGGUCUUUUCAAUACCCGGGAUCGGGCUGAGCACACGCGGAAGCGUAAAAUCGUCUCGCAUACCUUCUCCGCCAAAUCCAUCGGGCAGUUCGAACAAUACAUCCACGGCAACCUCGAUCUCUUCAUGCACAAAUGGACCAAUGUGGCCACGGCACGCCAAAACCCUUCGACCGGCUAUGCUUCCAUCGAUGCCCUGCACUGGUUCAACUAUCUGGCCUUCGACAUCAUCGGUGACCUGGCUUUUGGCCAGCCCUUUGGAAUGUUGGAGCACGAAAAGGACUUUGCCGAGAUCCGUAAAUCCCCAGACGCACCACCGACCACUGCACCUGCCAUCGAAGUCCUCAACCGUCGCGGUGAGGUGUCGGGCACCUUGGGAUGUCUCCCACAACUAAAACCCUGGGCCAAGUACUUCCCAGAUCCAUUCUUCAGCCAGGGUGUUGAAGCGGUCGAAAACCUGGCAGGUAUCGCCAUCGCGCGUGUCAAGCAACGACUCGAGAACCCCAACCCAGACCGAGUCGACCUGCUCGCCCGGCUAAUGGAAGGCAAAGACGCCAAAGGCGAGAGACUCGGCCGCGAAGAACUUACCGCCGAAGCACUCACCCAACUUAUUGCCGGCAGCGACACGACUUCCAAUACCGCCUGCGCCAUCCUAUAUUACGUCGUGCGCACCCCAGGCGUGCUCGAGCAGCUACAGAAAGAGCUUGACGCAGCCAUCCCUCCGGGCGUACCCAAAUACGAGCAAGUCCGCGACCUACCGUACGUGCAGGCUGUGAUCAAUGAGACAAUGCGCAUCCACAGCACCAGUUCGCUAGGCCUCCCGCGCGUCGUGCCUGGUCCUUCCCCGGAGCACCCGACUGCCCACGGAGUUGAUAUCUUGGGCUACCAUUUUCCCCCGGGCACUGUACUGAGCGUACCCAGCUACACGAUCCAUCACUCCCGCGAGAUUUGGGGCCCGGACGCCGACGAAUUUGUGCCUGAAAGAUGGGAUGACAAGCGGCUGACGUCGCGCCAGAAGGAAGCUUUCAUUCCCUUUUCCACGGGUCCCAGGGCCUGCGUCGGGCGCAACGUCGCCGAGAUGGAGUUGAAGUGUAUGGUCGGCACGGUGUUCCGGAAUUUCGAGUUCAGAGAUGAACAUUCAGGUGAACUGGAGACGAGGGAAGGGUUCCUUCGAAAACCACUUGGUUAUAACGUCGGUAUUCGACUGCGGGCGUCUUGA